CGCGCGGUGGUCACGUGACGGAGCCACUGAGGGGCGUCCCAGCGGCUUUGUCCAGCGGAACCGACUAGGGCGCAGCCAUGGCCGACAACGCCAAGCCAGACGCGAAAACCGUGCAGGCGCUGCGAGAUGCAGCCAACCGCCUGCGGGUCCAUUCUAUCAGGGCCACGUGUGCCUCCAGCUCCGGGCACCCCACGUCGUGCUGCAGCGCCGCGGAGAUCGUGUCCGUCCUCUUCUUCCACACGAUGAGGUAUAAACAGACCGACCCACAACACCCUGACAACGACCGAUUUGUGCUCUCCAAGGGCCACGCUGCCCCGGUGCUCUAUGCUGCCUGGGCAGAGGUGGGUGGCAUCAGUGAGUCCGACUUGCUGAACUUGAGGACAAUUCACUGCGACUUGGAGGGACAUCCCACCCCUCGGCUGCGGUUUGUUGACGUGGCAACAGGAUCCCUUGGGCAGGGGUUAGGUGCAGCGUGUGGAAUGGCUUAUACCGGCAAGUACUUCGACAAGGCCAGCUACCGCGUGUUCUGCCUCAUGGGCGACGGCGAGGCCUCGGAAGGCUCUGUCUGGGAGGCGUUGGCCUUUGCGUCCCACUACAAGUUGGACAAUCUCGUGGCAGUCUUCGACGUGAACCGCUUGGGACAGAGUGGUACCGCGCCCCUUGAGCACUGCACAGACAUCUAUCAGAAUCGCUGUGAAGCCUUUGGGUGGAACACUUACUUAGUGGAUGGCCAUGAUGUGGAAGCAUUGUGCCAAGCCUUUUGGCAGGCAACACAAGUGAAGAACAAGCCUACUGCUAUAGUUGCCAAGACCUUCAAGGGUCGAGGUAUUCCAAAUAUCGAGGAUGCUGAAAAUUGGCAUGGAAAGCCACUGCCAAAAGAAAGAGCAGAUGCAAUUAUCAAAUUAAUUGAAAGUCAGAUACAGACCAGUGGGGAUCCCAUUUGGAAACCCCCUGUGGAGGACUCACCUCAAAUCAGCAUCACGAAUAUAAAAAUGAACUCUCCACCUGCUUAUAAAGUUGGCAACAAGAUAGCUACUCGGAAAGCAUAUGGUUUGGCUCUGGCUAAACUGGGCCGUGAAAAUGAAAGAGUUAUUGUUCUGGAUAGUGAUACAAAGAACUCCACCUUUUCUGAGAUAUUCAAGAAAGAACACCCUGAGCGUUUCAUAGAGUGUUUCAUUGCUGAGCAAAACAUGGUAAGUGUGGCAGUGGGCUGUGCCACACGUGGUCGAACCAUUGUUUUUGCUAGUACUUUCGCUGCCUUUUUCACCCGAGCAUUUGAUCAGAUCCGAAUGGGAGCCAUCUCUCAAACCAAUAUCAACCUUAUUGGUUCCCACUGUGGAGUAUCCAUUGGUGAAGAUGGACCCUCCCAGAUGGCCCUAGAGGAUCUAGCCAUAUUCCGAAGCAUUCCCAAUUGCACUAUUUUCUAUCCAAGUGACGCUGUCUCGACCGAGCAUGCUGUUUAUCUAGCUGCCAAUACUAAAGGAAUGUGUUUCAUUAGGACCAGCCGACCAGAAACUGAAGUUAUUUAUACCCCACAAGAAAAUUUUGAGAUUGGACAGGCCAAAGUGGUCCGCCACAGUGACAAUGACAAGGUCACAGUUAUUGGAGCUGGAGUUACUCUACACGAAGCCUUAGCAGCUGCUGAAUACCUUUCUCAGCAAGGUAUUUCUAUUUGUGUCAUUGACCCAUUUACUAUUAAACCCCUGGAUGUUGCCACUAUCAUCUCCAGUGCAAAAGCCACAGGCGGCCGGGUUAUCACAGUGGAGGACCACUACAGAGAAGGUGGCAUUGGAGAAGCUGUAUGCGCAGCUGUCUCCACGGAGCCCGACAUCGUUGUUCAUCAGCUGGCAGUGUCAGGAUUGCCUCGAAGUGGGAAGCCUAGUGAACUGCUGGAUAUGUUUGGAAUCAGUGCCAGACACAUCAUAGAGACUGUAAAGUAUACUUUAAUGAACUAAAAUACGCUCAUUUCUUAAAAAGUCAAGCCUGUUGGCUUUGGUCUUAAAGCACUAGUAUGUUUAUAUUAAGUUCAUGCUUGUUACAAAAACCAUCCUUUUAUAAUUAUGUGGUUGUGCUUUUUUCCCUUUAAAGCAAAGCCAUUUAACUCCUUGCUUCAUUCUUAAUUCAGAAAUUCAAGUUUACCUUUCUAUUAAUCUGUGACUGUAUAUACAAAUGUCACUCUCAAUCAUUAAAGUGGGUUGUAUGAUUUUAAGUAACAUAAUAGGAAAUAAAACAACCACUUCAUACGAAGCUUUCUGAUAAGGCUACAAAUAAUAGGCUGAGCUGGGGAUCAAUAUAGAGGUAAUGUUAUUAAAUGGGUAUGAUUUCCUUGUAAGUUAAGAAAGUGUAGAUUAAAUUGUAGACUUCAAUACCCUGAGUUUUAAAGCAAAAUUGAGUUCUCAUAUAAUGCUAUUCUGCACCACCAGUUUUCAGGAUAAUAUUUGACUGCAGUUGCCUUGGAAUUUCCUCUGAAGUUUCCUUUCAUCUCCCCUCUACAGUUUAGAGCCUGUAGGGCAGCAGUGAUAAACCCUUACCACAUGUACUACACUGCUUGUAGUAACUCUUACGUGAAAACAUAACAUUCUAGUUUGCACACUGUGCACACUGUUUUUGUGAAGAUUCAGAAAUGUUUAUCUAUCUAUCUAUCUAUCUAUCUAUCUAUCUAUAUAUAUAUAUAUUUUGGUGGCCAAACCAGAUUGCUAACCUGAUUGUAUUCAUCUACUAAGGAUACUAAAGUCAGAGUAAUAAAGUAUUUAAAAACCA